AAGUUUACUGAUCACCACCUCAUUGCACCUGCCUGUCUAAAAGGGUUGGAGUUUUUGUCCAAAUCGGCUGCCAUGAAAAGAGAAACGGUAAUAUACAUAGUUCGAUGUAUCUAUAAGGACUUAACAGUUCAGACCUUGGUACAGAAUGAUAGAUAUCUCGUUUAUAUGAUACUACAGAAUUUUGUGGAACAUCGAUCAUCUGAUCUUGAAGAAAUGAACGACGGUGAAUUCGUACUCGGGUUCACUCAAGCUGUAGACUCCGAACGAGACCCCAGAAAUUUGCUCACCAUCUUCAAAUUAGUGUCACUAAUUGGCCGACGUUUCAAAUUAGGCGUAGUGGCCGAGGAUUUGUUUGAAGUCAUUGCUUGCUACUUCCCCAUCGACUUUAAACCUAAAAUAUCUAGAGAUGAACUGUCGACGAGUUUGAAGACCUGUUUCUCGUCAACAACAGAGUUUGCAGACUACGCGCUACCACUAUUCAUUGAAAAACUCCAAUCCACUAAUUCUCAGUCGAAAAAUGAUUCUCUAGAUUAUUUUACUGACUGUUGUCAAGUGUACCAUCCGGCAAAGAUAUCAAAAUAUUCCAGCGGUUUUUGGGACAGUAUAAAAAGAGAUGUGCGUAAAUUAUUAUUAUUCUUUUUAUUAUUAUUAUUAUCGUUUUUGUUUUAUGAUCAAAUAUGA